AUGGAAGACCCUUUUUACGAAGUGAAAGCUGAUGCUUCGGCUCAAAUGGAAAAUGUCCGCAAACUAUUUGGAUCAUUCAUGAAGAAUCGAAACGCAGGGAUUCCAGCACCAAACACAGAGCUUUCAUUUGCAAUUGAAGAGCUGAAUGAAACAUUAGCAGAUUUGAAAGGAGCUAUAGAGAUUGCGAUGAACAACUCUGAACGAUAUGGUUUGGACGAGCAAGAAUUGACAGCAAGAAGGAAGUUUAUUACAGACCUCGAUGUUGAAUUAAAUAAUAUCAGCUUACAAAUGAAGGCAGCUCCAAGUGUUGCUGUAAACACAGAGCCCUAUAGCACGGACAUGGCAAAGACAGCAUUGACCGAAGACGACCGCCAGUCUCGAAGACAGAUGCAGGAACAAUUAUAUGACCAACAGGAUGUUAUGUUAGAUGGAGUGUAUGAUACCGUUGGUAAUAUACGUGGCCUAGCUCAAGUGAUGGGUCAAGAGUUGGGAGAGCAAUCGAACAUUAUAGAUACACUUGAUCAUACAAUAGAAAACACGAAUCAUAAACUGCGUCGAGGAAUGAAAAGAUUAAAGGAUUUUACAGUUUCCAGUGCCGAUUCAAGGUCGGGUUGUUGCAUUACUGUCUUAAUCUUCGUAUUAUUAGUUUUGCUUGUACUCAUUAUUCUUUUGUAA